GUAGAACAUCCUCAAUGACCGGUGUUCUUGUAGACCGGGCUCCGGUGGCCUACGGUCGUUGGGGGAUUCCUCAGCUGUUUGAGGAGCUUCAGAGGCCGGAGACUAGCAUCAAAAACCGGGUCCUGAACUCACUGUGUGACCUGAUGCAUGACCCGGACCGGAUCUACCAGACUGUCAACGGAGGUUUUUUGGGCCACUUGACGGUUUUGUUGAAGGAUGAAGAUCCACAAGUUAGAACAAAAACCUGCGAGCUUCUGUCUGUGCUGAGUCAUCACAACAUCGGCAGACAGGCCCUCGUCUCCUCCUCUCUGCUCCCUCCUCUCUCUCUGCUGCUGGACGACUCCUCAUCCUCCUGCAGGAGAAACGUCCACCGAGUGCUGAACAACCUCACUCUGCCUCCUGCAGGAGCUGAGGCGCUCCUCUUUCUGGUUCCUAAGCUGAUGAUGAAGCUCAGACUGGAGGCAGAGGGAGAGGAGCAGGAGGAGGAGGAGGAAGUGCAGGUGCUGCUCCUCUCUACCCUCCGCUCCUGCUUCAGGCUGGGUCCCCUGUCGGCUCUGACCCCUGACAGCAUCCCUCUGCUGCGACGCAAACUCACCCAUCAAUCCUCAAACAUCCGCAGAGAGGCAGCGGGUGCCAUGAUGGAACUCAGUGUCUCUCAGGACGGGGCGCAGCAGGUGUGUGAGGAAGCAGUACUUCCUGUUCUGGUGGAGCUGCUGCAAGAUAAAGACAUGGAGGUUCAGGGAAACGCUGCAGGAGUCAUCAUGUACACUGCCGUCAUCACCACAGGUAAGCAGCAGUGUGUGGAGCUGGGCGUCAUCCCCAUCCUGCUCGACCUCAUAUCCAAGAAGCCAGACGAGGAAGAGGAGGAGGAGGAGGAUGAGGAGAAGAGGCAGAGGAGGAAGGCUGUCAUCAUGUUCUCCCUGCGAGCUCUGACCUGUUUGGCUGAAAUCCCAGGUGGCCGCUCCCUCCUGCUGGAGCAUCUGCCCCUGCUGAGGGAGAGGAGCAAGGAUGAAGAGGAGGACCCAGUCAUCAGACAGAACGCUCAGACCGCCAUCAGUGUUAUCACAUGGACUCCAUGAGACUCAGAAGACCUUAAAGUCUAAACUAUAAGUGGACAAAAUGUGAAAAGAUCACACAAAAUAUG